CGGGCCUCUUGGUUGUCCGCCGGCCGGCCGGGCUCGUCCGCCCCCCGGGCAAAUUCACGCUGUAUACGCCUGCGGGAAUUCAGGGCAGUCGUAUGCCCGGGAUCAAGGUCGUAGCGGGGCAGGUAGCGACAAAGAGAGGCAGCGGGCGCGGGGGCUUUCGGGCUGCCCCCUUCUGAAGGAGGCGGCCAUCGUGUUCGACAAAGGAGGCGGCCCCGGGGGCUUUCGGGUUGCAAAAAGCGCAGGCGGGGCAGGAGAUAAGGGGAGAAGCCGCGGCCGGGUUGCGCGCCAGAAUGAAACAAGAAAGCCUGCCUGCCCGCCGAGGCAGGGGCGGGCGCCCCCUCUGUCAGCCGGACACAGGGCAGACGGAUCGGAAGCUAGU